AGUAGCCUGUUCAUUGCCCUUCCCAGCUGCUGCUGAUCAAUAAUAAAUUCUAAGUGACGCCAACGUUUCUUAUUAAAUUUAUAACUAGCUUACAUGUGAGUGAUAGUGCAUGGCAGAUACCAGCAGGUUUUUGACCAAACAUUGGGAACCAAGUUUUUGUAAAAUUAAAAUUCGAUAGUCGCUGUUAAACGUGAAAGGCACUCAAGAUUUAGCGAAGUACCUAGUAAUUUGAUGAAAGAAGUGUGGUGCCAAGAUUUUUUAACCUUACUACGCAUAUAAGACGGUAAAAUGUGUUGCUGAUUGUUAAAUUUCGGACUAAAUGCUUAAACAUACUAAUUAUGCGAAUUGCUAAAUUUGCGCACAUUUUCUUAGUUCGAAAAUGUUUCCAUUGAUAAUGUUGUGUGCCGUCAAAACUUAGGCCACAUUUUAAAGGUGCUAAAAAUUGAUGGUGUACUAGAAUCGAUAUUAUGACGUGGAAGCCAUUAGCUGUAUAAACUUUAAAUCUUCCCUGAAAAAUUCACUUAUGAAAUACAGAUACUUAUGACAAAACUAAAGAAUUAGUGCUAUUGUUAACCCACAACUACUUUCCACCUCUCGGAAAAUGUACUUUCUGUAGUAAGAUAGACAGCCUGCUGUUUAAUAACACGUGUAAUUGACGAUUCUAUGGACUACAUAAGUUGUUUCGGUCUCAUUAUUCUACGUGGAUAUUUCGUAUUUCGCGCCUGUUGUGGAAUGUGUAUACAUACAAAAGCGCACAUGGUUGCCAUAAAUAACUUCUAUGUGCAUAAUCUUUGUUGAAGCCAGUGCAGUGUGAUCUUAUAGUAACUAAUUAUUUGCGCUCAAAGUGCGUGUGGUCGAUGGCGAGAACUAUAAAAGCGUAGGAAUCCACGUGUAUGAGGCAAUUACUGUCACACUGCCUAGAGUACGCCGGUGCAGUUUGUGUUGUUACCAUGAGCUUGCCGGGAAUGUUAUUGAGUUGCUUUAAAUGUUGGACUUACUUGUAUGGUCUUUAUUUGUGUUUAUCAGAAGCAGUGUGCUGUACAGUACCAAUUUCGUUUCUCGCCCCUAUACUGUUGGCAUUGUGGAUUAAGUAUUUACGAAUUCCCCCACCUGAUGCAAAACUAGUCGAAGAUGUAUUAGGAUGCGAUCCGUGGGCGUUAGCUGAAUGCAACGGCAACGGAACAAACGAAUCUAAUAAUGAGCGGUAUGUUAUGAGAACAGUUGCUCACCGCGGAGCGGGUUUAGAUGCUCCAGAAAACAGUUUGUCUGCUUUGAGGAGGGCUAAAGAAAAAGGAUGCAGUGCUGUAGAAAUAGAUGUUGCUCUUACAUCGGACGGUGUUCCUAUUGUUUUUCAUGAUGAUACUGUGGAUAGAAUAACGACAGCCACCGGUGAAGUGAAAGAUAUGACUUGGGCCAAACUGAAAAAUCUGGAUAUUUCUUCAAAACAUCCAUUCAGUGACAGAUACAAGGGAGAGAGAAUUGCCUUGCUAGAUGAAGCCAUUCAGGAAUGCAUUAAACUGGGACUAAGAGUAUUUCUUGACUUGAAGGGAGACGAUUUAAAGCUUGUUCCAGUUGUGCUGGAUGCAUUUGAUAAGAACAGUAGACUGUACAAGACUGCAGUGGUAUCAUCAUUUAAUCCAUACUUAAUCUACAUGAUACGACGAGCAGACCCAAAUAUUGUUUGUUCCAUGGCUUGGAGACCAAAUUUUUAUGCGUAUCAAUCAUAUGAUGGCACUUUUGGUGAAAGCCAUCCACGUUUCAAUGGCCUAAUUUCUCAUAUCUUGGCUUUAUUAGUUGAUGCUGCCAGUGACUGGGCACUUCAUAAUGUUACAUAUUACAUUCUUGGCCUCUCUGCUGUUCUCCUGCAGAAGGACAAUGUUACACUUGAGACUGUCCGCAAAUGGAAAGAACGAGGAGUCCGUGUUAUUCCAUGGACUGUCAAUCAUCCACUGGAGAAGCAAUUUUUCUCCAGAAUACUGAAGGUUACAUAUAUGACAGAUACACUUGAUGGCGAACCAAACAGACUGACCAGUUAAUAUUUCUAUUCCGAUUUUUGUGCAUUAGUUUUCAUGGUAGUAGUUAAGCAUGUCGUGAGAGGAUUUCACAUUUUUUGUUUUAUUUAUAAUUAUACACAUGUAUUAGUUUAUGAAGCCAUAUAACUGUGAUUCAAUGAAAUGUAAGUUUAUUUCUUAUAGAAAUUGGGAAAAAAAAGAGUUUUGUGAAAAAAAGGAAAGACCCUAUUAAUAGGGAUGGAGAAGGCUAAUCAGUUUGAUGCACGAUUCUUUGGUGGACCAGUUUUUUUUUAAGUUACACUCUUAAAAUGUUCAUUUUGAAUGUUUAGUUGCUUAAAAAGCAUUUUUGUAGGCUAUAAAUGAUGCAUUUGAGAUGUGCCUUGAACUCUGCAUGUGAGUAUCUAUUCUUGAGUGAGGUGUCUUUCUCUUUAUAUGGCAGCUCAGAUCUGUUUUAAGUAUGGUGUUAAAGUACCAUAAUAAACAGUAUGGCUUUUUAAGGAGGAAAAAUUCAUUUGUCACAAAUGGAAGAAUGGAAUUGUAUUCAAUUUUAAUACUUAAUUUAUAAUUUACAGCUGAGCUUAGUAUCAUAUGUCUUCGAAGCAGAAGACUGCUUUUUGCAUUUUAUGUGAUGAAUGAUAUUGUUUACAAUAAGUACAAAUUAUUAUAGUCCUGGCUUUGGAACUGUAUAAGAUUAUUUUUCUACAUAAACUCUUCAGCAAAUUGAGGGAGAAUUACGGAACAAAAACUGUGCUUAGAAGCACAGAUAACCAUGUACAAAAGACUGCCAUUAGUUACCUAUGGAAGAAAGAAUUUAAGUAUUUAUUAUAUAUUUGCAUUAGUCAUAAUAAAAAACAGAACAACUUGUACUUACCAAGCAGCAGCAGCAUCAACAACAAAAACAGUGUACUCGUAUACAAUACACAAAGAAGGGCUGGUUAAGUUUUGUGCUGCUUACUGGGUGGAAGUUUUUUUUUUUUUUUGUUCUAAUUUCGUUGUGAAAAUUGAUUUCUUGCAAAGCUAAAAUUAAGAUUGUAGUUCCAGCAGAUCAAAGCAAUUAUGGAGACAUCAUUAACUUAUUUGAAGCCAAAAAAAGUUACCAUUAUAAUUAAGAACACGUGUUUGGCAAUAUUAUGUGCAUUUAACCUUACUUACUUUUAAAUAUGUUCAUUACUUCAUAACUUACUUCAAAACAAUUUAAACUGCAUAUAAAAAGCAUCAAAAGUGCAAUUUCGUCAGUCAUCGCAUUUGUGAGAAAAUGUGCAUUCAGCCUGUCUUUCUUUUUUUAUUAUUAUUAUAGCAAACCAAUAAAUUUUUGGAGCAACUUUAA